AUGUUUGAAAUAAGUCAAACUGUUAUUGAGACAAGCAUUCAAGGAGCUCCCCGCGUGUGGAUUCAGCUUGUGGAAAUGCUUCCUUCAUCCUCAAUUUAUGUCUGGGCAAGCAACAGUGGAUCUUGUCCGUCUGGAAAUCUUACGCUUGGCGUACCUAUGGGGAAGGAUAUAGCUACCACUGAUUUAGUAGGAGUUGGAUCUAUUGACGAUCUUUCAAGAAGGAUGUCGAGAAUCCUUUCAAAACGGUACCAAAUUCAAGCUUUUUGUAGUAUCACUCUACAAGGAGAAUUUCCCAAUGAUCCGGAAAUCCAAUCAGGAUUUACCAAAACAAUGGGCGCUGUAAACAAUAUGAUUGAAGAGCGAAGGAAAAAAUCAAAUGCUUAA